UAGACCUGUGACGGACCAACAAGCCUUACUGUACCUUGAAUAUUGACAAAAUGCCAAAUCUAUUCUUGCAUGCCAUAAUUUAUACUGUAUGUUACUCAAACUAUUACUCUUAUACUCACUAUAUAUAGUGUGGAGACUUAUUUGACGCUAUUGUUCAAGCUACGAAAUACACGGAGCGGGACGCUAGUCACAUGAUCGGAGACCUCGUAUCCGCUUUGAGUUAUCUACACGAUCUUAGUGUUAUUCAUCGAGAUAUAAAACCUGAAAAUUUACUGGUAAGUUAUAUACAUUCGAUUCUUAUAUAGGCUUAAUAUCACGUCGCCUGCUUUGAGUUUUAGUACCCUAUAGCUGUUGUUCGAUAGUUAAGUCAACUUAUACUAUUCGAUUGUAUAUAUUUACAGUAUAUAUAAAUUUUAAAUUUUUUUCCAUAGGUUGUAUAUAGUCCAAAUGGUGUAAUGUCUCUGAAGGUGGCAGACUUUGGUUUAGCGACUGAGGUACAUGAACCUCAGUUUCUCGUCUGUGGUACACCUACAUAUGUGGCUCCGGAGAUUCUGGAUGAAUCUGGGUAAGCAACGUAUUAAUUUACCAUGCAUAUAUAUUAUAUAAAGGUUUAUUAAAUUGAUAAAUUGUGCAUGUCAAAAUAACUCAAUUGAAAUUUGGUAAAAGGAUUUCUAUACUUUAAGUUCUAUACACAGUAAAAUGAAGGAGUAGAAAAGACAAGCUUGCUUGAAAACAAUGCAUGCCGGUAUAGAUAUUUAGAGGUCAAGUAAGAUGACAUGUUUUUGAAAGCAUCAUAGUUAGAUCCCGAAUAAUCUAGCAUCUUCAUAAUCAAGAAUCAUAAUCAGCCCGUUUCAGAUACCCUAGCUUGCAGUAUUAUUGUAUGAACCUUAAUAUACUAUUGGGGGAAUGUAUAAUUGUUCAUGGCAAUUCAAUUGGUGAAUUCAAGUAACAAAUCCGACACUCAAAGUAAGGUUUGAAUGUAAAAGUUAAUAAGAUGCUGAAAACGAAUGCAUGUUGUAAAUUAAAUAAAAGUGGAUUUUCGGUCAAUGCUAUCUUGUCUGAACACCUGUAUCAAUCCUAAGCAUGUGAUCAUUGCUUUUCCCAUGCUCUAUGUUUACUGUGUGUUUUAAAUAAAAAUGUUUACUAUUUUAUUUAUGUUUAAGAUAUGAGCUUAAAGCAGAUGUCUGGGCUGCUGGAGUUAUCACUUACAUACUUCUUUGUGGAUUUCCGCCUUUCAGGAGGUAGUCUUUCGUGUGUGAAUGUGCAUUUUCUACCAUGCCUUUAUGUAAUAUAUACAGUAAAUGAACAAUUGUUGUUUUCGUCUAAGCAGGAUGAUAAGAUUUGUCAAGGCCAAUGUUUUCGUUAUCUGACAAGUCCUGAAAUUGGUAUACUUAGGCGUUUGUCAUUGUACAGACAUAUAAUUAACGCGUCUUUCUUUGAGUUUUGAUAUCCCUGGUUAAAUUUCCUCCUUAUUUUUUAACUUCCUACCAUAAUCGGGUUAAUGUAUAUGAAGAAUCUGCUCAUAUAUGACUAUAGGACGUCAUCGAUCGUUAAAUUAACCAGAUUAUGUUCGGUGUAGGAAACUAGUUUUAUCUGAUAUUUUAUAUAUCUAACAGGGUUUCUGUAUUUUCAUUAGCAAUGAUCAAGAGGAGCUCUUUGAUAUGAUUUUAAGUGGAGAUUACGAAUUCCUUUCACCGUUUUGGGACAACAUUUCACAGUCAGCCAAGGUUCAUUAGUGUUCUUUUUUUGUUUUUGUAUCUUAGUGCACUGUAUUUGUACUCUGCUACCGGGGGAAUGGAAUGUGGUAGGAUGCAUCAAUUCCAAAUAAUCUUUCAUCAUAAAAUGGAUGAUUGAGUUCUAUUUUCGUUUGGUGUACAUUUCUUUAUGUUGUUUUAUACGUUUUCCGCCCUGUAACUUACACUGUUUCUUAUACAUGCUAGCAAAAUUAUGUUUCCGAUGGCACCUAUAUGCAGCAAUGAAUCCAUGCAGUUAACAGGAUUUCUUCAGACAUGAAAACGUUUGAAUGUUAAUUUAUCUUAAAAACAACUUUUUAAGCAAUUAAAAUGGCGAUUAUAAUGUGAUUACUUAUACACAACAGGGAACUUAUAUUAAACAACUUUCGUAUAGUAGGGUAUAGAACAACCUCACUUAUAGUUUUCAUGCGCUUGUUUCUUAUCCAGGACUUGAUCAGUCGUAUGUUACUCAUCAACCCGAAUGAAAGGUAUUCUGCAAGAGAUUCCCUAAACCAUCCGUGGAUCCAGGUAAAUGCAUGAUUAUUUUCAUUCUUUUGUAUACAUCUCCGACGAAUAAUUUCAUACUUUAUACUAACCGUUUUAUUAAGUAAGCAUCUACCCACCAUUGUUGUGGGGUAUGCAUACAUUUUCUGGCAAUAAAUAUGUAAUAUAUUUAUAGGGUCAUACAGCAAAAGAUACGAAUUUGCAAAGCACAUUUGCAAGUGAAGUUAACAAGAAUUUCCAAUCUAAAAAGAAGCACCGUGCUGUAACAGCUAAACCUCAAACAGUACGUAUUACUUUUAUACUUGCUCUAUAAAGAACUUUCAUUCUUAGUUAUAUUAUGCAACAUUGUGUGUAACAUGGAGAACUUUCGAUCCUUUUUAUUUGAUGUUCCAUAAUAGGUUUUGACACUAUGAAUAUUGGAUAAAUACUUUGAUAUAUUUAGAAUACGUUUCCUGCAUGCAAUCACCAUAUUUUCCUCUGAAAUUGAGGAGUUUGAUUCGAAAUUGAAGAGUCUGAAAUUGAGGAGUUUGAGUCUUGAACCAGUAUGGUGUGGUUUAACACAUCAUGAAAAUGUACAUACUUUGACGCACCAAGUUUGACCAAAAUUUAAAGCUGUACAAGCUUCGUAGCCGAUAAUUAUAAUGAAAUAUAUCCUUAUAACGACUGCGGUGAGGUAUUCAACAGAAAUUUGCUUCUGCAUUCAAAUUAUGACGUUACGUUCUAUAGUUAGUCCUAGAAACAGAUCCAAAAAUUCCCUUAAUUAAACUUAAUCGGUCGUUUUGUAUUUUGCCGGACUGUGAACUCUCCCUUUAGGUAUUCAGGUAAAUUAAGCAGAUAUCCUAUAUUAUAUCUGCCAACUUUGGUUUCCCUGGCAAUUUUCUAAGUGAAGAUGUAUACAAUACUCACUGCACAUUCUUUUUUUUGGAAAAGUCUUCAGAACUUUGUGAGGCAAAUACAGUUGAAUAUGAAGUUGAAGAAAGUGACGAUGAACCAAAUGCUGUAAUGCCAGUUAUUGAAGAAGAUAAUGAACUACGAACAGACCAGGUUCAAUUUAGACACACACCACUAGCUACUACUGGAAAAAGGAAACCCAGGCCAAAAAGUUUGGACUUUCAUAUGAUGGGAAGACAUAAUGAAGACUAUAGUCAACCAGAUUAUGAAUUGACUCAAAGGAAUCUAAGGGAGGAAUUCAACGAUGAAGAUGAGUAUUACUAA